CUCGGCUGCAGCCAGAAGGGGGUGGCUUGAGUCGCAGGGCGCCUGCGCCGAAGUACCGGCUUGCCUCCUCCUUGGGUAGGACUUUUUCCCCGCCUGCCCCCCUCGCCGCCAGCCCCAUCGCGCCGAGGGGUGAGAGCAGCAGCUGGGCAGGAGGGGGCUCCGCGGUGACACCUGCAGGGAGCUCUCGGCUGCGCUCCUCUCCGGUUGCCAGGUUUUGCAAGACAGAGAGAGAGAGAGAGAGAGCGAGAGAGCGCUUUGGAGAGGAGGGCAGGGUGGGGAGAACAUCUAUCUGCAAAUCUCGUUUUGUGUGGGUGCGAGGAAGGGGUUGCAUCGAUUUGGGGGAGAAGGAAGGCAACGUCCGAGCUAGCAGGGAAGAAGUCUUCCUCCCCUGCGGCGCCGUGAACCUGGGAGUGAUGGGACUUCAGUCUUCAUCUGUCUGAGUUGUGUGUUAAAAAAACUUUGCUCCCAGGACCCUUGAGAACUCUUAAAUCAGCGUCCUGGUACAGCCAUGAAGAGGUAAGUUGAUCAAGAGUUCUAGAGAACUGUAGAGAUCUUAAGCAAGGAAGCAGCCCUGGUAUCCACAAGUAAAGUCCAUCUGGGACCCAACUUCCAAGUCGUUUUAGCCCAGAAGGGAGAGCAUCAGCUAGAAGCCCGGCUGAUCUGAAAGAUGAUUCGGCCACACACCUGAUAGGUGAUGUUGAUUUGAACAAUUCAAUAAGAUAGGGUCCUUUCCUCUUUAGUGGAUUAUUACAGGCGUUGGGAUGGCUACUCUUCCAGGGAGCCAUGUGAAAUGUUUGGGACUUGGGCAAGUCGAAGAGAUGAAACAAAAACCUAUUGUUUUUUUAAAAUUUAAACUCUUUGGGGUGGUACCUGUCUCCUUUACCUUUUUCUUGUCUACCUGAGCUUUGAUUCCCUAUCCCUAUUCUGAUUCCCUAUCUGUACUUAACAUAUUGUGGAGAGGGGCUGUAACUCAAGGGUGGAGCAUCUGCCUUGUAUACGGAAGCUUCCAAGUUCAACACCUAACCCUAACCCUGGUCUUAUCUUACUGGAGAAACCCUGGCUUAAAACUGCUGCCAGUCCGUGUAGACAAUACUGAGCUAGAUAGACCAAUGGCAUGACUCUUGUGUUUCCUCUAUUCCUACAUAACCAUACAAAGCACAGACCAAGGACAAGUGAUCUUGAUUCUAACUAACUCUUCUUGGAAGAUUUGAAAACUUUAUCCUACUUGCUGUUUGUCUAAUCUCUUUGGACCCUCCCAAAUUCCCACGGACCAGCAGUCUCUUUAAAUUGUUUUGCAUCCACCGCUGUUGCAACACCACCCUAAGAGGCACGCUCAGGGGCUUAGCAAUUCCCCCCUCGGUCCCUGCAUACCAAAUUAUUGAAUUAUUGGGUCUAUCAUGUUCUGUCCUCUCUACUAACACAGAAUUGUAGAGUUGCAAGGGACCUCAAAGGAUCAUCUAGUCCAACCCCCUUACAAUGCAGGAAUCUCAGCUAAAGCAUCCAUGAUCAUCCAUCCUCUGCUUAAAAGCCUCCGAGGAAGGAGAGUCCACCAUGUCCCAAGGAUGACUAUUCCAUAUGUGCCAGAUAUCGCUGGACUAGGACUUCCGCCUUCCCUGACCAUGGGCUAUGCUUCUUGCAGGGGAAGCGUGUGGAAGUUGGAUUACACUGCCUGGCGACAGUUAUCCAGAGUUUCAGGCAAACAUCUUUUCCAGCCUUAUUCGGAGAUCCUGGGGAUUGAACCUGGAACCUUCUGGAUGCCGAGCCCAUGUGCUCUGCCGCUAAGCCACAGUCUCCCUCCCCCCCAUAGUUGUGGUUAUCCUCCGGUGGUCUAGUUGUGGUUAUUCUGCGGUGAGACCUAAGUGCCUCUUACGUACGGUUGCUAAGUCACAUUGUGGAUACUCCCCUUGUACUUUUUAAUUUGGCAGUGAAUUGGGAGUGGAGGCAGGAGCUGCAGCUUCUCCUCUCUCUCCCCCUGCCCCCCCCAAUUGCCCUCCUUUCAUCUGCAGUUCUUCCUUCUGUGCAAAAUCCCUGUAGCCCUACUUGCUUAAGCGGUCUCAUGUAAUUCCACAACAGUCCUGUAAGGUAGGCUAGAAGAGGGACUGAGAAAACAAAAGAGGUUUGAUAAGGCAGCAGCAAAUUAAACCAUGCCAACUUUGUGCUGUGGGCACAGCGUAGCUUCUCCAGGUUAUUUUAUAUCGACCAACUUGGCACCUUUUGCAGUGCCUGCUGUGGUUUUGGGGUGCUGUGUGUUUUAUGAGAAGUACAUUUUUCUCCAGUUUAGAGAUAAGGUCUGUUAAGAGAAAAAUAUGCAGGCCACGUGGGGAAGUUUUGCAAGGACAUCGUUCGACAUGAUUACACUGAGCCACUAUAACUCAGCAAAAGAAGACAUUUGUGCAAGUGUUACAUGGGAUGGUGUCCUUUCUCGACUUGGUGCUUUCCAGAUGUUUUGGAUUGCAGCCAACACGACUGGGACUGGUGGAAGUUGCACUCUGGAGGGCAUCAGCUUGGGCUGAACAAAUGUGCAUGUUGCGUUCCUACUGCACAAAGGUGGCAUUGGCAUCCAACAUUCCCUCCGCCUGUGCUUUUGCCCACCAUGGGCAUGUGGCUCUCAUAAGGUUGCCUGGAGGGCAAUGCAUCUCUCUGUAAAAGGUUCCACACCCCUCAGCUAGAGCCUCUCCCAAGUGUUCCACUUUGGAAAAGGACAAGAGAGGCAAAGAAACAGGAAGCACCGGAGAGUUUGUGCUUCCUGUCCCCCUCUGUGUCAUUGUCACUUCUGAAGCAGCUCUUAGGCCUGAGAUUUCACUGGUGGCUGGUGGGGAAGUAAGUCCUUCGGAGUUCAGAUUGCAGACACGGCCAUUCUCCUAGAGACCAGGGAGAAGUGGUCUAGCUCAGCUGCCUUUGACAACUGGAUUUCUAUGUGCAGGGAAUUCUAUACCCCUCUCUCUUUUGCAGGAACAUUCAUGUGCAGUCCAGAAGCUGAUCUAACACCUCAUUUGCCGUUUGUGAGAACAAGACCAAAGGGUCCAAUGUGUAAAUAAAUUUGGGUGGCGAUGGGCAUGUGUUUAUUAUGUGUGCCUGUGAAACUGAGCCAGUUUGCCCUAUUAGUAUAAACACUAACAUUCUCUGGCACGCAGUUAUCAGAAAGAAACUUUGUGCGUGUGUGUGGUUUGAGGAAUUCCAAGAACACAAGGCAAGUCCACGCAUGGACUUCAUUUUGCUUGCCCUUGCCUUGGUUUUAUUUGGAUACUUUCAAAGAGUAUUCUAUCAAGCUAUGCCUUUGGAAAGCAAUUAAUGUUUAACUUCUUAUCUACAUGCAUGCGAGCACACCCAGUCUGGGCUGCCCCUGCAUUUUCUCAAUUCAGCCUGGCUGAAAACAGACGGAAAAUAGGCCGGCUUUUCUUUGUUCUUGGAUUCUGAUUGAUGAUUACAGAAGCAACAGUGAUUGGAAGCAAAUGUCCAGCUAUUGUAAUCCAUGCUUUAAUGAGGUAAUGAAAGUUAUGCCCUAGUUGGACAUUAUAGUCAAUGCAUAUUUUUGGAAACUCCAGCACAGAAUGCCUAUGUGCGCACACACAGGCUCACGCGAAAACAGCUGAUUAAUAUCAUGCUUGCUUUCUUGGGUGACACCCAGGAGAUACUCGCUUAUUUCCACCAGCUGUAAAAAGUUUCCCUUCGUUGCGAAAUAGUUGGGCUUCAGUAUCCUGGAACGACUUUCAAAGUCUCUUGGAAUCCAUAUAAAUACAGUACAAAGGUGGGGAAGGAUCUCUCUAGCUUGCACAUGAAACGUCAUGAGAUUGCAGCCUUAGCUGCAUAAAUCUGCUGUGUAAAAGCCUAUAAAAACCCAUCCUAUUCCCAGAGUGGCUGGCACCCAGAGUCGUGUGGGCACUGUUUUGGCAUGAUGUGAUCCUGGGCUAUUGGCGAGUGUGUCUUGAUGAAGCAUGAGCCGUAUCCCCCUUUUAGCUUACAGUUAGCGAAAGGCUGACAUUUCAAGAAAGGAGAGUGAAGUUGCCCUGCAGACCUGACCAGUCCCACCCCUCUCGCCUCUGCAUUUUUGGCAAAGUCUGAAAGAGAUCUGGCUGCAGUCAUAGGGUGCAUGCAUUUAAAGGACCCUUAAAGCAUAUUGCUUCCCCUGAAAGAAUCCUGGGAAGGACAGUUUACCCCACACAGAGCCACCAUUUCCAGCACCUUUGUUAAACUACAGUUCCCAGACUCCUUUGCGCAACGGGGAGUCUUGCAUGACCAGGGUUCCCAAGCAAAUGUAGAAGCCUGUCUGAAAGCUCUUCAUUCGUCUCCUGCAGUGGUUCCCAACCUUUUCCAGGCCACUGACCCCUUGGUUCCAUAAACCUACCCUUGGUGCCCCCUACCCCAUAAAAAGUAUUAUUCAGAAUAGUGGUUUGCACUAUGAAGGAUAAUAGCACAAUAAAACCAUAGAAUUAUAGAGUCAUAGAAUAGUAGAGUUGGAAGGGACACAAGGGUCAACUAACCCAAAUCUCUGCAAUGUAGGAAUCUUUUGCCCAACGUGGGGCUCAAACCCACAACUCUGAGAUCAAGCGCAUCUUGCUCUGCCAACUGAGCUGCCCCAGACCCCAAUGAACUAUGAAUAAAAGUUCAACGAAUGAAAUUUGUUUUGAAAUUCAAAACAGUAACAAUUAAUUGCACAUGCACUCAAAAUCCAGUUAAAACUAUUUAGUUUAAUUCAUUCCAGAAAUGAAUCUCCAUCCAGUGAUACCAGCUUUACAAAGUCUGAUAGUCAUUUACUCCUCCAGCAACCGCACUCUUGCCUCUUAGCACCCACCUAGGUAAUACCACUGCCCCCCCAGGGGGUAAUACUGUCCCCCUUGGGAACCACUGAUCUAAUGCACAGACAUCAGAUGGGUGUCGGCAAGGGGCUGGGAGGGACAGGAGAGAUGAUCUCCCUGUGCCAGGUAGCAGGAGGGAGAUCCCCAAUCUCUUUGGGGACACAUUUUUGAAAAUCUAAGAAAACGUCGUAGGCAGCCCAAAGAGCCAUUCCAGGCUUGCUUUGUAUUGUACAUUCGUGAUGAUUUGUGCUCAUGAAGGGGCAGCCAGGUAUAAAGCCUCUUUCUUUUCUUUUUUUCAAUACUUUUCUUUUGCUUUAAACAUUUACAGAUAAAUAUAAACAACCAAAAUUACAAAAGAAAAAUCCUUAAUUAUAAUAAUGGAAAAAGCUAAAAAACUACAAAAAAAAAUCAAAGUACAUGGCAUGGAACAUAAGCCAUUAUGGGAAAGAAAAAGGAAAAAGGAAAGAAGGAGGGGGGGGGGAGAAAAAAGAAAAAGAGAGGAAAAUGAGCCAAAACACAAGAAGGCGCAUCUAUUCUACGCUUCCGUCAAGGUCACAACAGAUCAUUAUUCUUUUCAGUUCUCUCUAUCUGCAUUCUAUAGAAUCCCUCAUCUUGGUAUCAGGGAACAUUUCCCUAUGCGGUAUCAUUCUAAACGUAACCAGGUCUUUAUUGAAGAACCCUUAUUAUCCCCUAGAUAAUUAUUUAAACAUUCCCGCAUGAAGCCUCUUUCAAUACUGUUUGCCCCUCGCCGCUUCCCACAGUGCAGGGGAGCCACUAAGUUCUCUCCUGCCAGUCCAGCACUCGUUUCACUGUGCUUCGUUGGCUUUCUGCUACUGUUCUGCCGUUGGAUAAUGGUACCCAUGUUGGGCAAAAGAUUCCUGCAUGGCCGGGGGGUUGGAUUAGUUGAGCCUCGUGGGUCCCUUCCAAAACCCACCAUUCUAUGCUGCCACUGGUAUAUAGCUCCAUCCCAGCAGGGAACUCUCCCUGCCGUAACUGGAGACGCUGGGGAUUGAACCUGAGGACCUCCUGCAUGCCGGCAGAUGCUCUGAGGCUGCAUUAGAACCUUUCCCCAAAAGGAAUUUGGGAAUGAGAGAACAGGGACUGGGAGGACAGCUCCAUGGGCUGCAUAGCAUAGUCAAGAAAUCCAAAUUCCUUUUUUAAGUGUGUGUGUGUGUGUGUGUGUGUGUGCGUGCGCGCAGAGUGGGGAUGUAGGCGUGCCAGACCCAGUAAUUCUUAAACUAACUUUGCCAGCUGGUAACCCAAUCACACAAUGAUCCUAUUACUUUGGCGCGGGGCUGCACUCUGGCCAGCUUGCCAGCGUACCUGCUGUGUCUACUGUAUGUGUUGGCAGGUACCCUGGCCCUGGACGCUCUGGCGACCUGGUUCAGAUUUUCCAGCAUGUCUCCUCUCGUAACCCUCAAAUUAGCAGGGAUUUAGGAAGGAACAGGCUCAAGAAACACAGCAUCGCCAACAGGCUGUGUCUCAACAUACGUAGCUUGUGUGUGUGUGUGUGUGUGAAAAUGUGCUUCUGUAAUCCUUAAAGUGCCUUGCUUGUGUUUUUAACAACCCACACGGCCGAGGAAAUCUGUUUGGAUGCUUUGCCAGGAGUGGGAACAGUUGCUGGAUACUCAUUUUGUAUAAUACAGCGGUACCUCGAGUAACAGAUGCUUCAGGUUACAGACUGUGCUAACCCAGAAAUAUUACCUCGGGUUAAGAACUUUGCUUCAGGAUGAGAACAGAAAUUGCAUGGUGGCGGCACAGCAGCAGCGGGAGGCCCCAUUAGCUAAAGUGGUCUCUCGGGUUAAGAACAGUUUCAGGUUAAGAACAGACCUCUAGAACGAAUUAAGUUCUUAACCAGAGGUACCACCGUAUAAUAAUUUUUUUAAAGAUGCUCUUUGCUCUGCCUUCCCGCCUCCUCCUCCUCCCCCUACACUGCCCCCCUCUCCUUGUUAAUCAUUCUGGCUCCUUGCCCUGUGGAAAAAACUGUCUUCAUUGCAAAAUGUAAUGGAGACUAUUCUUCUCCCAGUUUCCCCCCCUCCUCUCUCCCCCCCCUCAAAACUGUACAUUGCAGGAACAAAUUCUAAUUAGCAGGACUGAAGAAACACCUCCUAAAUAGUGACCUUCAUUAAAAAAACAAACCAAAACAAACCGUAGGCAUUUAGAAUGGAUGUCCUUACUGCAAAGGUGAUUCAUGCCGUAGAGAGAGUGAGUUUGUAGGUAUGGAAAAAAAGAGGCCAUGCGCUUUCCAUGCCAUAUUCCUGAGAGGUGAAAAAGGCUGCUUGUAUCUCAUCCAGAUGUAAGUCAAGUAUUCCAUGUGGUCAAAGAACACCCAAAUUGCCUGCCACAAGAAAUAAAGUAAAUUAUCCAACUGAAGUCUCCCGUGAGCAGGAGAAACAGCUUUUCAAAUACAGGAGGGCUUCUCUUUCCAGCUCUGUGGGAUGGGAAGGCUGCCCUACUGUACCUGCUAGAAGGAAGCCCCAGUUAACUCAACGGAAUCGGCGUCUCUCAGCAGGCAUGUUUAGGUUUGCACAGUAAUUGCUAGAGGUAGGAUAUCGGUGCAUGUUUCAAUUUGUUUUUUAUUGGUUGCUGGUUUUAAAUUUUUUCAACGUAGCUGUUUUUAGUGGUAAUUUUAUUGGGCUUUCUCUAAGCAGAUGUGUUUAGGUUUGCUGUACCUGGAUAGGUAGCAUGUUGGUGUGCGUUUCUUUUCCUAAAAUUUAUUUAUUUGGUUUUUCAGAUUAAAAUUUUACAGUCACAUAUCCAACAUACAACAUAAAAAUAAGAUUCCAAGGAAUCUCUUGGAAUUCCCUCCUCCCCUUUGCGGGUCCUAUUGUUAAUCAUUUCCUCCUGCAUCUUUUAUGAUAAUCUAAAUCUUUUACCUCUCCACUGUGUCCAAAAUUCACCGUUCAACUACAAGUGAUAUUCCAAUCCUACUAAAGAUUUUAACUGUUUACAAUUAAGAUAAGUUAUAAAUUUCCUCUAUUCCUUAUUAAAAUUUUGGUCUUCCUGAUUUCUGAUUCUUCUGGUUAUUUUAGCCAUCAACUUGAUCUGCCAUUCUUUUCUGGUAGGGACUUUUUAUCUUCUUUCCAUCUCUGUGUGUUUCAAUUUGUUUUUAGCUGGUUGCUGAUUUUAAGGUUUUUUGGAAAUAUAAAUAAAUAGGUAACUGCUUUUAGUUGUGAGUUUAUUGGUUUUUCUCUUUGUAAGUCACUUUGACGGUUGGUUUUUCAAUCAAGCAGCGUAUAACUAUUAUGAAAUAAAAUAAAUAAUAGUUUUUGUGGGCAUACCUCCACUGAUGGAGGUCUGGGGUAAGGUUAAGUUCCCACAGAUACCUCUUACCAUUUAUUCAAAACCUUUUCAGUUGCAAGGGUGAAGAGUGCCACCAAUAACUUUUUGGGGAGGGUGAGGACUAUCAGGAAUUGGGGGAAGCUGCUUUUGUGUAAGUGCUUUACUGCGCAUCUUCGCGAUGGCAGGUGUGGGGAUCCUCAACUUUGCAGAAAUCAGGAUUGCGGUUACAUGCACACAAACACACCCUUUUAUAGGAGAAGCGGCUUCCAGGGUCAGCUUCACUGCCUAGCAUCCCCUGCUGGCCAGGUACUGCAAUUGCAGGCAUCUCUGAACAGGAAGAGGAAAUGGUUCAGCAGGAAACAGGAAGCAAACCCACUCCAGUAGCCAUCACAGUGGUAUAGAUGGAAAGUGGCAGGGAAUGGGAACUACCCCCGAGUCCACUGCUGUGCGAAUAAGAGAUCUCCAUGAUCUGGCAUCAUUUUCUGUGAAGAGAGCAGAUGCUAGAGUUUUCCAGAAGGCUACUGACUUUUUUGUAAUUAAUGUGGCUGCCUGUGCUUUCCUAAGGUUCCAGUACGCCUGUGCCUUAAUGACUUGACCCAAAGUUGAUGGUUGUUGACCUCUCAAUUGACCAAAGUAUUUUUUGACCCAUCUAAGGCCACCUCUGAUCCAGCCUUCAGUAACACUAAUGCACUAGAACUAUAGCUAUCUACGUUUCCCUUUUUAAAAGGGAAAUUCCCUUAUUCCGAAUAGGAUUCCUUGCAAGAAAAGGGAAAAGUUGACAGCUAUGGCUAGAACCUAGUUUGAUCUAUGGCGGGAAGGUGGGUGGGAUGGAGAUGUGGCCAUUAGACACCCUGCAUAGGCUGUGCGCCUUUCUCUAAGCUUGCCGUCAUGCUCAGGUGUGUAAUUAUAGGGAUGACAAAAGACAGGCAACUCCCAGCUUUAAAAGCAGGAGAGAAGGAAACCUCCUGUAUUUUGGAGUCCAGGGCUGUAGCCAAGUCGGGGGCGCCAGCUGGGGUCUCAGCCCUGGGUGAAGCCUUUAUAUGGGCACCACUGAGGCUGCCAACUUGCCAGCAGCUUCCUCCAACCGCAGCCCCUCCUUGGGCUCCAGAGUCUAAAAGUGUCCCUGAUAUAGGAGAAGCAGGAAAACCAGGAAAACGAUCCUCCUUCCCCUCCCCGCCCCCCCCCCAUCUGUUUAUGGUAUCAGAACAUCACCUCCUGUCCUUUUUGGAAACAAGCAUUAUGGAGUAUUGCUUGCUUAUGUGUUCUCUCUCUCUCUCUCUCUCUCUCUCUCUGUGUGUGUGUUUGGAUCUAAAUGACAACAUACAUGUUUACACCAUGUGGAUAUAUAAAGAGGGCACUGCUGCAUACAAUCUCCUACAACCACUGAGUCCUCUUUAUACUGAAAAUAAAAUACCUGCAAUGAAAGAAAUGUGAUGCUGACAUGCGGAGCACUUUGUAUUUAUCCCUUCCUGUAAUUUGGAAUGAAAAUGUAGCCAAUCCACUUUAAAUUCCUUAAUUGCAAUGGUUCAGCAGCCAGCAAUUUUUAAAGGAAACUUGUGGAGUAUUUAUGCUUUUAUUUUAUUCUUUAGAGCAUGGGUAGGCAAACUAAGGCCUGGGGGCCGGAUCCGGCCCAAUCGCCUUCUAAAUCCGACCCAUGGACGGUCUGGGAAUCUGCAUGUUUUUACAUGAGUAGAAUGUGUCCUUUUAUUUAAAAUGCAUCUCUGGGUUAUUUGUGGGGCAUAGGAAUUCGUUCUCCCCACCUCAAUAUAGUCUGGCCCCCCACAAGGUCUGAGGGACAGUGGACUGGUCCCCUGCUGAAAAGGUUUGCUGACCCUUGCUUUAGAGCCUUAAACUGCAAGUCUUUAGUGCUCAGAAGUAAGUCCCACUGAAUGCAAUGGAGCUUACUCCCAGAUAACUGUAAAAAUGCUGUAGUCUUAUACUGCAAUCUUAAGCAUUUUUACUCAGUAGUAAGUCCCACUGAGGGACGUGGGUGGCGCUGUGGGUAAAACCUCAGCGCCUAGGACUUGCCGAUCGUCAGGUCGGCGGUUCGAAUCCCCGCGGCGGGGUGCGCUCCCGUUGCUCGGUCCCAGCGCCUGCCAACCUAGCAGUUCGAAAGCACCCCCGGGUGCAAGUAGAUAAAUAGGGACUGCUUACUAGCGGGAAUAUAAACGGCGUUCCCGUGUGCUGCGCUGGCUCACCAGAUGCAGCUUGUCACGCUGGCCACGUGACCCGGAAGUGUCUUCGGACAGCGCUGCCCCCCGGCCUCUUAAGUGAGAUGGGCGCACAACCCUAGAGUCGGACACGACUGGCCCAUACGGGCAGGGGUACCUUUACCUGUACCUUAAGUCCCACUGAGUUCAAUAGGGCUUAUCUCUGUAUGUGCCUGAUCAUUAACACAGUUUCCGUUGUUGUUGUUGUUGUUGUUGUUAUAUCAUACAUUCAUAAUACUUCUUAAAAAGGUAAAGGGACCCCUGACCAUUACAUCCAGUCGUGGCUGACUCUGGGGUUGUGGCGCUCACCUCACUUUAUUGGCCGAGGGAGCUGGCGUACAGCUUCCGGGUCAUGUGGCCAGCAUGACUAAGUCGCUUCUGGCGAACCAGAGCAGCGCAUGGAAACGCCGUUUACCUUCCUGCCGGAGCAGUACCUAUUUAUCUACUUGCACUUCAACGUGCUUUUGAACUGCUAGGUUGGCAGGAGCUGGGACUGAGCAACGGGAGCUCACCCCAUCGCGGGGAUUCAAACCACCGACCUUCUGAUCAGCAAGUCCUAGGCUCUGUGGUUUAACCCACAGUGCCACCCGCGUCCAUAAUACUUCUUAGAAUUCCUCAAAUUACUUUCUGAUGAGAUCUACUUAAGGUUGAAUGAAAGCCAGAUACACACACAGACAAUUUUACUCUUUGGAGAGACUUAUCUCUUCUCCAGCCUCUUUCAAACUCCUUUUUAGGCCCUUUCUGAACAAUUGUUUUGAGGUGUGUUUGUGUGUGUGUGUGUGUGUGUGUGUGUGUGUGUGUAUACACAUGCAAACACACAUGGGGUGUGUGUGACAAACUGGGUCUUUGCCCCAGGUGACAGAAACCCUGGCUUCGGCUCUGUGAAGCCUACUAAACAUAAGCUCACCAAAAAGUGAUGGGGGAGUUGAAGACAGCAAUGUUGCCUUGCUGUUGGUGGCUAUUAGCUAUGAUGGCUGUGCUUGGCCCCCAUAGCUGGAGGAAGCAAUGCUUUUGAAUGGCGGCUGCUGGAAACCACAGGAGCUUAAAGUGCUCUUGUGCUCAAUCCUGCUUGCAGGUUUUCCACGAGCAUCAAGUUGGCUACUGUGAGAACAGGAUGCUGCCCCCCCUGCAGGCUAUUCUAAUGGCCUUGCUGGAUUCUACAGGACUCAUGCAGUCAAAGGACUGUUUCUGAUCCUUUUCCAAGGAAUAAAAUCAGGAGCGGUGGUUGUUUUAAAUAAGAGUUUACCCAGUGCAAUUUUAGGUUAUUUUUUAGUGAUCAAGAUUUAAUAUAUAUUUUUAACUGCCGCUAUAUCUGAAUUGUCUCUGUUAUACCCAAUUGCCAUUCAAUGUAUUCCUGUUGUGUUUUAUAAUUUUCCUGAUAUUGUAAGUGAGCCGGAACUGGUCUGUGACCAUAAUACAGUGGUACCGCUGGUUACGUACUUAAUUUGUUCCGGAGGUCCAUUCUUAACCUGAAACUGUUCUUAACCUAAAACACCACUUUAGCUAAUGGGGCCUCCUGCUGCCACCGUGCCACUGGAGCACAUUUUCUGUUUUCAUCCUGAAGCAAAGUUCUUAACCUGAGGUACUAUUUCUGGGUUAGCGGAGUUGGUAACCUGAAGUGUCUGUAACCUGAAGCGUCUGUAACCCGAGGUACCACUGUACCCCAAAACAAUCUUGGUAGUUUCAGGAGUAUCAUCCCUCAGCAAAUCUUGGAUUACAGACUCUUUGUAAAUCGAUAUUUUGAGCUGUAAGGGAGUCACUGGGAGAUCUCUGCGAUGGGUGAUGGCAAUUCAAAAUUAUUAUCCAAAAUUGUAAGUGAGCCGGAACUGGUCUGUGACCAUAAUACAGUGGUACCGCUGGUUACGUACUUAAUUUGUUCCGGAGGUCCGUUCUUAACCUGAAACUGUUCUUAACCUGAAACACCACUUUAGCUAAUGGGGCCUUCCGCUGCUGCCGUGCCACCGCUGCACAAUUUCUGUUCUCAUCCUGAAGCAAAGUUCUUAACCCGAGGUACUAUUUCUGGGUUAGCAGAGUCUGUAACCUGAAGCGUAUGUAACCCAAGGUACCACUGUAAUAAAAUUUGUUUACCCAGUGCGUGCUUCAAAAAGAAAGUAAGAUGGAACUUAAUCAUUAAGUAGAAUGAGGUAAUGGUACCAAUAGAGAAAUAUGAAAAAGAUGAGGAAAUGAAUUAUUAUUAUUAUUAUUAAUACAUGCAUAUCCCAUCUUCCAAAGAAGCCCAAUGUGGAAUAUAUGGGUCGCCCCCCCCCCCCCCAUUGCCAUCCUCACAACCAUUCUGUGGGGUAGAAAAGGUUGAGGGAAGUGACUGACCCAAGGUCAUCCAGGGAGCUUCUUGGCUGUAGUGGGAAUUUGAACCCUGAUCUCCCAGGUCCUAGUCCAGCCCUCUCAUCACUGCACCACAUUGGCUCUAACACGGCAUUAUCUUUCCAUUUCUCCUGCUGUUGCCCCACUGUUCAUCCCAGCACCUGGAAUGCAAAGACUCCCUGUUCCUGAACAUCAAAGCUCCAUGGAUGCAGCAAAUAGCCGUUGAUAAAGCAAUCCUCCACGAAUCUGUCUGUCCCAUUUUAAGCACGCCAUCCAAGUCAACAUAGAUAGGUGGGCUGUAAAUUCCACAUUCCAAAUUCCAUUAUGGGACACCCAAAGAAGUGUGUUCCUAUGCCUUGUCCUUAACUUAUAGCACAUCAGUUUGUUGGAAGCCACCCAGAGUGGCUGGGGAAACCCAGCCAGAUGGGUGGGGUAUAAAUAUUAAAUUGUUGUUGUUGUUGUUGUUGUCAUCGUCGUCACCAUCAUCAUCCUGGAACCCUUAUUGCUAUGCGAGGAGGAGGAGACUGUCCAACUUGCCCAUAAUUUUUAUGCAAGAUGAUGCUCCUUUAUACACCUUCAAUAUACAGUAUUCCUCCUUUUGGUUUCCCUAAACCCCCAAAUCACCAUUCAUCUAUCUCUGCAAUAAGGCCUGUAGAGAAAAAUAUGCCAGAUGUACCAGCUGAUACAGAGCGUUCCCUAGUCAGUUCCCUUGAUGCCGUCGUGUUUUCCAGCGACAGUGACAUCUUCUGGACAUGACAGUGCCUAGAGGCAAAAAAAAGGGAAGCUGGAUAUUCUUCGUUCCUCUCCCUUUCUUUUAAUUCAGCUGAGCUAGCUAAGCCAGCAGGCAAGGGAGAUUUGCAGCAAACUUAGCAAGCCAGGUAAAACAACGGUAUUGGAGCACUUGAAAACGCACAUAUACAAAUCACUCCCAUCGGUAGGCACAGUUCUUGAAGCACAUUUUCUUGCAAGUUUCUGUUGUUUUUGAUUUGACGGAGCAGCUGAUGGAGAAGAGCAAUUGCAGCUGUAAUAGGCUCACCUAGUGAUCUGCCCCAAAUGACUGCUGCAUAGUCAGUUGGAUGCAAUGCACCGCAGGCAUGCUUUGAGUGUUGCUUCUGUUUUUCAAAAGAGAGCUCCUUCCAUGCCGUCCUGCCACCUGGAUCGGGGAAAAGAAGCGCAUGAACACACCAGCUGUUGCCUUCUGAAGUUUUGCUAUUCAUUAAAAAAAUACCAGUGCGGCAUACAAUAAUUUUAUCUAAAGCCAUACAGUACCAAACCACGUAGAAAGGUAAAAUCAGAAAUGGCUAACUGUUAUGGAAAGAUAUGUUAAUUGCCUGCAUAAGCCUGAUGUUUUCAGCAGGCGUUUAAAAGUUGGCACAGAAGGCGCCCGCUUAAUCUCUGCUGGCAGAGCCAUUCCGCAAGAGGAGGCUGGUGGCGCUUAGGGCUCGGUUCCUUGUGGUUGUCAAACUAGCCUCGCCAACUCAGGAAACAACCGACGACCUAGAAACCAGGAUAUCGGGGUUCAGGCAGUCUCUGAGGUACCCUGGACUUAAGCUGUCCAGGGCUUUGUAAAUUCCUCCAAGGACCUUGAACUUGGCUCAGUAGUAGAUAGGCAGCCAGUGCAGAUGUUUUAACAAUGGCAUCACAUGUUCUUGGCCACAUGCCCCCAUCAUCAAUCUGGCUGCCGUCCUCUGCACCAGCUGGAGCAUCUAAACCAGCCCUUGAGAUAUCUGAAGAUGUCCAUCAUACCUCCUCUCAGUCUCCUCUUUUCCAGGCUAAGCAUAUCCAGCUCCUUCAACCACUCCUCAUAAGGCUUGGUUUCCAGGCCAUUGAUCAUUUUGGUUGCCCUCCUCUGCACUUUCCAGCUUGUCAACAUCCUUCUGAAAUUGUGGUGCCCAGAACCAGACAUAGUAUUCCAGAUGUGGCAUGACCAAGGCAGAAUAAAGUGGUAGUAUUACUAUCUUGAUCUGGACACUAGGCUUCUGUUGAAGGAGUCUAGAAGAACAUAGGAGUGCCUGGCGUGCUCUGGUCCAUGGGGUCACGAAGAGUCAGACACGACUAAACGACUAAACAACAACAAGAAGAACAUUAGCUUUUUUGCUGCUGCAUCACACUGUUGACUCAUGUUAAGCUUGUGGUCCACCAAGAUCCCUAGAUCCUUUUCACAUGUUCUACUGACAAGCCAGGUGUCCCCCAUCUUAUAUUUGUGCAUCUGCUUCUUCCUGUUUCUAAGUGCAGAACCUUACAUUUGUCCCUGUUGAAAUUCAUUCUGUUAGCUUGGGCCCAGUUCUCCAAUCUGUUAAGGUCUUUUUUGAAUCCUGAUUCUGUCUUCUGUGCCAUUAGCUACACCUCCCAUCCCUCCAGGUUGUUACCUGGAUCAAAUAAAUUGUGUGGAUUUGUGCUGCACAGCAUGCAAAACAGAUCGAUAUUCCGCCAGGGCUCAAAUAAUAACACUUAGUUAGUGACCUCAUCUCUUGACUUUAGUUAGUCAUCACCUCUUGGUCCAGCCUACCUCACAGGGUUGUUUUGAGGAAUAAUUGGAGGUGAAUCCUGAGCUCCUUGCAGCAGCAGCAGCAGCAGGAGGAGGAAAUAAAUGUGGUACAGAAAACAAACCAGAGAAGCGGGCAUGCACCCACUUGGCCUCCAUCUGGAGAAGUUUUGAGGACUGGCAGUAGCAGAGCUGUGGCCUGACUCUGGCCAGGUACAGCAGGUAACCUGAUUAUCUGCAGACUGAAGGCAGCGUGGGGUGGAAUUGUGGGUUGCAGCACACAGGGCUGCUUUGUGAAUGCUAGGAGGGACCAUUCCUCCCUCGCACAGCUGCGGACACCUUCUCUAAGAGCCGGUUGUAUUCUGUUCCUUUGAGGCAUUUCAAGAAUGAUGCUAAGCUGCUCCGGCCAUUAUUGGUUUAACCCCAGCCGGGUUUAAAUAUGCAUAAGCUGCGUCUAAUAGCUGUGAUUUAUUUGAGUAAUCCCUUAUCGGGAAUGGGCAGGCCGUCCCUCCUCCUCUCUUGCAAGGGAGCACUUGGGCUCCUGCAGAGAUUCAGCUGCCUGGUUAAUUUUCAAAUAAGCCAAAGUCCUGCAUAUUUCCCCAGCACAGUUAUUGUACCUGUGGCUCUUCGCUACUGGAGACCUCACUUAAUCUGCCUGUCAUCUACAAAUACACCCUAUGAUGUGGCUUUUAUUAUCCGAGCCGAGGAAGAACGCUGCCCUGGGUUUCCUGAGGGAUUUAAUCUAACAUGGAAAACGGUGGCUUCUAUUAGUCUACAAUUCUCACCCACACACACUGUCCAAUUUAGCUGCACCAGUAGAUCCACUCCGUUUCCCCCAAUGCAAAUCUGAAAGGCUACGCUAUUUAAUUGGACUUCUUCACCGCUUGCGACUGUGAAGGAAAGGAGCCCCUAGACCUCAAGAGCAGAAUAAACAAGAUCAUGUAUCUCUCGUCUCAGGUCUGUUUGUUUCAGCUGUGGGAUGCUUCUUGCUAACAAGUUAGAACCAGUGUGGAAUUGUGGACUGCAGAAGAGCUGUAGCUCAGUCGCAGAACAUCUGCUUUGCAUGCAGAAGGUGCCAGGUUCCAUCGCUGCCAUCUCCAGUUCUGUCAAUACUUACUGGCAACAGCUCUCCAGGCAGGGUUGACCUCUUCAGUCCUAUCUGGAGAUGGUGCGGAUUUCAGUUAUGAACUCCUUUGGGUGGCCUUGGGCUAGUCAUUGGGAAUGGAGUUUCAUAGAAUCGGGCCCACAAUACUGCUGUAAAUGAGUGGAACAUCAAAGCCAUGUGGGACCACAAAACAGUGACUCCCCUGAAGACCCCAGUGAUCCGGCAGGGAUUAGGUGAGCCUUGAGGUAGCCACACAAAUCAUUAAGGGCCUAGUAAAUUAAUUACAAGAACCAUGAAUCUGGCCUGGUAGUAUCUGGACAGGCAGUGUAGACUUUUGAACACUGGAGUUAUGUGUUGGAGGUAAUUUGUUCCACUCAGGAAUCUUGCCCCAGCGUUUUGCACCAGCUGGAUUCUCCACAUGAGGCCCAAGAGUAGCUCUAUCUCAAUAACCAUCUUGCAGUAACCAAGUCUUGAGGUUCCCAAUGCAUGGAUCUCGGUGGUUGAGGGAGCUGGGUAUGUUUAGCCAGGAAAAGGGGAGACUAAGGGGAGAUAUGAUAAUCACCUUCAAAUAUCUCAAGGGCUGUUAUGUGGAAGAGGGAACAAGCCUUAUUUCUCCUGCUCUGGAUGGUAGGACUCGAACCAACGGCUUCAAGUUACAAGAAAGGAGAUUCCGACUUUCUGACAGUAAGAGCUAUUCGACAGUAGAAUGAUCUCCCUUAGGAGAUGGUGGACUCUCAUUCUCUGGAGGUUUUUAAGCAGAGAUUGGACGGCCAUCUGUCUUGGAUGUUUAGUUGAGAAUCCUGCAUUGCAAGGGGUUGGAUUUGAUGACCCUCAGGGUCCCUUCCAGCUCUACAGUUCUAUGAUCUACUUUGAUGUUCUGUAAUAAAUCACAAUAUGAUAUAUAAAUGAUAAAUAAAUAACAUCUUCCUUCCUUUUCACAGUUCAGGGUUCACCAUGGCCAGCCUACCAUGCCUUCUCUUACUCCUGUGGACCAUCAAUGGUGUUCUACCUUCCAGUUCUCAUUGGAGGCCCACCUGGCCAUCCUACAGAGUCCCCGUUGUUCUGCCACAAUCAACCACUUAUUUGGACAAACCACAGUUUGAUGCCGAAGCUAAGCUGGAAGUGGUCUCGUCUUGCAGCCCGUCUUGCCAUAAGAGUUCCCCACUACCUACUUACGAAGAGGUGAAGGAUUACUUGUCCUACGAAACUUUGUACUCCAACGGCUCCCGAACUGAGACGGAAGUCGGCAUCUACGUUCUGACCGGCGGGAGCGCCGGGACGCAGAGCAGAUCUCGGGCCAAGAGGCAGAUCUACGGAUACGACACGAGGUUCAGCAUUUUCGGCAAGGACUUCUUGCUCAACUACCCCUUUUCCACUUCUGUGAAGUUGUCCACGGGCUGCACCGGGACUUUGGUGGCCGAGAAGCAUGUCCUGACGGCCGCCCACUGCAUCCACGAUGGCAAAAGCUACGUCAAAGGAGCCAGGAAACUGCGUGUGGGGUUUCUGCGGCCGAAGCUGAAAGAUGGCAGCAAGGGGGCGAACAUCAGUAGCUCCCCGGAGCCGGAAAGGAUGAAAUUCCAGUGGAUCCGAGUGAAACGGACUCACGUCCCCAAAGGGUGGAUCAAAGGGAAUGCCAACGACAUUGGCAUGGAUUACGACUAUGCCCUCUUGGAGCUCAAGAAACCCCACAAACGGAAGUUCAUGAAGAUUGGCGUGAGCCCGGCCGCAAAGCAACUGCCUGGCGGGAGAAUCCACUUCUCAGGCUAUGACAACGACCGGCCAGGGAACCUGGUCUACCGCUUCUGCGACGUCAAAGACGAAACGUACGACCUCUUGUACCAGCAGUGUGACGCCCAGCCAGGCGCCAGCGGCUCAGGAGUUUACGUACGGAUGUGGAAGAGGCAGAGCCGCAAGUGGGAGCGCAAGAUCAUUGGGAUAUUUUCCGGGCACCAGUGGGUGGACACAAACGGCUCCCCGCAGGAUUUCAAUGUGGCCGUUCGCAUCACUCCCCUCAAAUACGCGCAGAUUUGCUACUGGAUUACAGGCAACUAUCAGCACUGCAGGGACGGCUAAAGACAAUGGUCAUCCUUUUUUUUAAAGAAAGAAAGAAAAUAAACGGCCUCGGUUGCUGAAUCGGGGGCAGGGUGGGGUGGGGGGGAAAGGGGAAGCGAAACUCUUCUAUAUUGCCGGUGCUAUGGGGUGCAGUUCUGUUUUUCUUUUUUAUAAAUACCUGGAUGCAGGAAUCAAUAGGGAAGUCUGUCUUGUUUGUAAAGGUGCUUUGUGUUACAUACUAUGCACAGCCAAGCUGGCCUUAGAUACUGGGGCAUCCUGGGGUGCACAUCUGGCCCUGCCCUUCUCCCACAACUCCCCUUCCUGGUGCCCAUGUCAUGGCUGGGAGGCUCUGCAACUUGUGCGCUUUGCGUUUGAUUUUUGCAAACUGUUCCUCCUGGGGCUCCUGGCCCUCAAGUCAAGUCAGAGAACACAGCGUUGAUAGGGGCUGAACCAGAGAUGGUGGCCAAUUUAAAGUUGAAGUGAGACAGGGGUAGGCGUGAGUGUGGCUGUUUUGUUUUUUGUUGCACUGCCGUGGCUGCUUUCUGCAGGCAAGCAAGAGAAGAAAAACACUCAGCUUUGAUGCUCCCAUGCAGAUAGAUGAUACGCUUUGAAUCAGUCAAGUUCUCCCUGAAAAAGACUUUUUGUCUGAAAUGUAUUUAGCGUCGGUAGCUCUGCUUUCUAUUUCUGGAAGCUAUUAUAUUCAGAGCGGGGGAUACUGUGAGUCUGUGGGAGCACAGAACAGCUUCAGAAUUUACCGUAAAUUCCUAAGAAUCUCAGGGUAUUUUGGAAGCUAGUCCACCACUGCAGCACACCCACCAUAUUUGGCCACAUGCACAGACUUCUCCACUAACUUGUUCUGCUUUGCAGCCAAAGCUGGAUUGGCACAGUGUUGGUUCUACUAGCCCACAAAGCCACCUCCCACUUAGCUGGAGCAGGGCUGUGCACAGCGCUGAUUGGCUGCUCCUUUGUGUCAAUCGCAAAACCACCUCUCCCUUCUUGGAGCUGUGCUGUACACGGUUCUGAUUGGUUGGCCCUCACUGAUCAUGAAGCCACUCCCUCCCUCUCUCAUUGUUUUCACCCUAGGGUUACAGAAUUGUGCAAAAAUAUAUAUCCCAACCUUUAAAAAAAUGCAAGGGACAUUCCCAGCCCUACCUGUGGUUGCAGAUGGGGGGCUGAAUCUGGGACCUUCAGCAUGAACAGCAGAUGUACUACCACUGAACCCUGUCUCUGCGGGUGGCGCUGUGGGUUAAACCACAGAGCCUAGGACUUGCCGAUCAGAAGGUCAGUGGUUCGAAUCCCCGCGACAGGGUGAGCUCCAGUUGCUCUGUCCCAGCUCCUGCCAACCUAGCAGUUUGAAAGCACGCCAGUGCAAGUAGAUAAAUAGGUACCACUGAGGUGGGAAGGUAAAUGGUGUUUCCAUGUGCUCCGGCAUUCGUCACAGUCCUCCGUGCUCCAGAAAUGGUUUAGCCAUGCUGGCCACAUGACCCAGAAAACUGUCUGUGGACAAACGCCGGCUCCCUCGGCCUGAAAGUGAGAUGAGCGCCGCAACCCCAUAGUUGCCUUUGACUGGACUUAACCGUCCAGGGGUCCUUUACCUUGACCUUUACCCAGAGAACAGCUGAAGGAGAGGAGAGGCACCUCCCAUUAGCAUCAAAUUUCAACUGCCCCGAGUCUGUUCAAGCCAGGAGCAAAGUUUCCUUCUAGCUAGAGGGACUGGCAAGGCUAAGUGGGCUUUGCAGCAGAAGCAGCUGCUUUCUUUCUUUCUUUCUUUCUUUCUUUCUUUCUUUCUUUCUUUCUUUCGCUGGGUAGCCCAUGCCAAUGCGGAGUUCAGAAGUAAAUUUACUGAGUGCUGCUUGCUGUGUGGGAUCUGUUACCUUUAUUUAUGCCUCGUCUUUCUUUUUUCUCCCGUGGUUUUACCUUUCCUCUUGUUUCCCCCCAAAUUCUCCAGCGAUUCUCAGCAACUGGAGAGCAGGCAAGUUUUAGUGAGGUCCCCCUCCCACUUUUUUUCCUUUUAACUGCACUGCUAUCCCUCAGCAUAAUGGAUGCAAACUGAGAAGGGCAUUCGAGCCUUCGCACACCAAGAUUGCGAAACACAAUCUCUCCAGGGUUCAGCUGUUUUUCCAGAGCACAGUGCAGUCUCGGAAGCCGGGCUGGUGCCUCGCAAUUAGGGACAGGAGAAGAUGUCCGUUUCAGUUUAUCGCAAUCUCUCGUUUUCCCCAUCUUGAGUUCUGUUCUCCACAUUUCCGCAUCAUUUUGCAAUUUUCUUUUAACAGAAUUCCUGUGAAAAUUUGUCAGCGUUUUAAUGCAAACUUCCUCCAUGCACAUUUUUGUAAGUUGGAGUUCUUGUUAUUAAAUAUACCAAGAAAAAAGCACACCGAGAACUCAGGCCAAUGUAGAUUUCAAUAGUGGGAGUUUCUAAUCCAUAAUUGACUUCUGACUUCUGCUCUAAAGACCUCCACGUCGAAUCUGACUAUGGACUAACAUGAACUUAUCUCUACUCAUAAACUCUUAUCUCUAAUUCUGUAACGAAUUUCUGUGUUAUACAUAUCUUGAUGAGUUUGAGUUUGUAAUCUCUGUUAGAGUUUGUAAUCUCUAUCUGAGUUUGUAAUCCUUGUCAGAAUACAUACUUUUGAAUAGAUUAGUUUUUGUUACUAUUGACUAUUGAUUUGCGAGUAGGGACCACUCCCACUAUUGAAACUUACAUUGGCCGGAGUUCUUGCUGUGCACAUUUUUGUAUGCAGUCUUCCCUGUCAACCACAUUUUUUGCAAUGCAAUUUCCAUUAAUAUAAUGCAUUUUCCUGCCAGUAAGUGCAAUUAAAUGUCACCUGGCCAGAGAACCACACUUGCAAGAUCCUUCAAAAUCUGAAUUUUGAAGGGCGGCUGUGUUUUGGUUCGCCCAUUGAUGCUGAAAAUUCAAAUUAGGUAAGUUCACAUUUAAAUGCAAACCGAAUUGAGAUUCUCCUCCAUCCCAUCUGGAAUAUAAAGGACUGAGCUGCUGUGGACUCACCGGCCUCAGUGCCCUCUUCAGGCACAAAAGAGAACUGCAGCAAGCAUCACUGCCCCCUGCAGUUGACAGGCAAGACUCUGGGUUGGUUGGUGUCAAAACGACAGAAAAGGUCUGAAACUGUUGGCUGUUCCAAGGUAGCAUCUCAUCAACUUAUGAUUCAUUGCGUCUUCAGCUUUGUGCUUGGCGGGUGGCCUUUUCCCCAGGCCUUUACACACAGACAGUCGCUCAAACGGAUUCUCCCCAUUUAAGCAGCCCAGUUCAGACAUUGCCCCCAAACCAUGGUUAGCAGGAGCAGAUUUCACUUCAUUUCCCAUCUGCUCAGUAUUCCCAUUUAUGUGGUGCAGCAACCUCCAGGAUGCAGGGAUGGUUAUAACAAUGGUAUGUCGGCGCAGUUAUCACAUCUAGUGAUGUUUGGUACAAACCAUGGUUUUGCAAACAACAUAUUUUCCUUUUUUUAAAAAAACAAAAACUUUUAUCUAGAUAAAAACACAAAAAAGGGAGGGGGGAGAGAGAUAUAGAAAAACAAAGACAUAACAAGAGUAGGAAAGAGGUUAAAAGAGAAAGAUAGAAAAAUCCAGAAAAUAAAGUACUUCUAAUUCCUCACCUGUCCACUAUAAAAAAAGCCUAUCAAAUGAGACCCAUCCCUUUUGUUUAUCAAAUUUAUUUAUUGCUUCACAACAAAUAGGGAGUCUCGAAGUGAUAUACAGGUAAAGUAAAAUACAAAAGUACAUAAUAAUACCAUUUGGUAGGAGAGGGUCUCAUGCAGAUACCAUCUCACCAGGAUGUCUGUCCCAUCUGUGUCUGAAUCAGGCCAUUAGUGUGGCAGCACCUGUGCUUUGAAACUCUUAUUACAUGUUAAGACAGGCAUCUUCUCUAUUGUCUUUUUUGGCACCUGUUGAAGACCUUCCAUUUCCAAGUCUUUUAAGCAGAGAUCUGUAUCCCAGUCCGCAUCUGGUUUGGACUUGAAAAAUGUUCUUAGAUAUGUUUUCAUCAUUAAAUCAGUUGGGGAUAGUUCAGGCCUUGUAUGUGACAGAGACAUUCAACCAAAUGGACAGAGGAAAAACUCCCUCAGAAAGACACAACCAAUCAGAGCACAUGCUACCUCAGUGAGGGUCAUGUUGCUGUGAUUGGUUGUCAAGGAAAACCUACACACACACACACAGUUAGCUGACUUACUGUUAAAGAAUUAACUCUUUAGUCACACACAGAAUGAUCCCUGCUGUUCUACCAAGCCAUUCAUUAAUUAAACUAUUCAUUAAUUAAACUAUUGCAUCAGACCUCCCUGCAGAUGUCCACUUUGCAGAUGUUCAGCAGAGACCAAGAUCUGCUGAUGAAUGUUUACAAACCAGACCAGAGCAAUCAAACUGAGCAGCACAUUUUCAUCAGGGUAAAGCCUUUCAACAGGAAGCCUGCUAGCACAUUUGCAAAGCUAAGCAGGGUCCAGUGUGGUUUCAAAUUGGAUGGGAGACCAUGUGUUGAGAUUCCUGCAUUGCAGGGGGUUGGAUUAGAUGACCCUCAGAAUCUCUUCCAACUCUACAAUUCUAUGAUUCUACAAAUUAGAAUGUGUCAGGUGAGAACUCUCCCCCCCCCGUAUAUGUAUCUCCUUUAUUUCCACUCCACCCAACUGUUGUCAAGGGUGUUAAUGGUGCUUACUUUUUUUCAGUUAUUGUGGUCCCUCUUUGGAAUGCCAAAAUUGCUUCUCGACACAUUCACAUACGAGGUGUAGCUUUCGCACAUAAUGCUAGGACUCUUCUUCUCUGGCACAGACAGUCACGGAUGUUUUAAAACGAAAUCUGGCAGUGGGAUGGGGGGGGGGGAGAACCUUUUUGCAUUUGGCAAAACCUCAUCCACCUCCUUUCUCUGUAGACACCUGACUCCUGUGACUGUUUUAAUGCCAGUUCUUUUGAUGAAUGUAUCGCAGAAAACCAAGAGGAAACGGAAAGAGACAGAGGAUUUUGUACCUAUUUAUAUGUUAUCUGCCAGAAAUGAAAAGCGCUCAUUGUAAUUACACUUCAUUUGUAAGGAUGUUCAAAUACAGCACAGUUUUUAUCGACCUCUGCAGGAAUAAUAUGCUUGUUCAUUUUCUUGUCAUUUUUUUUAAAUGCUUGCAGAAAACUGGAUAUUGCUUUGCAUGCUUCCUAGCCACAUGAGAUUGUGAUGGGUGCAGCUCCAGAGCAUAGCUGUCAACUUUUCCCUUUUCUUGCGAGGAAUCCUAUUCAGAAUAAGGGAAUUUCCCUUAAAAAAAGGAAAACGCUGACAGCUGUGCUCCAGAGAGUGGCAAGCCUGAGCUUCAAAACCAUUGUAUGGUCCACCACCCUAACCAGUGCUACUGUAUUUUGUAAAACACUUUUGAAAACAACAACAAUAAAGAGGUAUAUAAAUUU